CGCAACAAAAUCGUUUUCUAAAUACAAUUUGAGGUUAGGAAAGCGUCUUGUUUUACAUCUUUAAUUAUUAUUCAGUUGAUAAAUAAUAACCCAAAAUGGCCAAUGGGCCUAUAGCUGAACGAAAUAGAGAUGCUACAAUCUAUGUUGGUGGUUUAGAUGAUAAAGUGACUGAAUCUUUGAUGUGGGAAUUAUUCGUACAAGCAGGGCCUUUAGUUAAUGUGCAUAUGCCUAAAGAUCGUGUUACAAUGAUGCAUCAAGGAUAUGGCUUUGUUGAGUUUAUGGGGGAAGAAGAUGCUGAUUAUGCCAUAAAAAUAAUGAAUAUGAUUAAGUUAUAUGGCAAACCGAUUCGGGUGAAUAAGGCCUCGGCACAUCAAAAAAACUUGGAUGUCGGGGCCAAUAUAUUUAUAGGAAAUUUAGAUCCAGAGGUUGAUGAAAAAUUACUUUAUGAUACAUUCUCGGCUUUUGGGGUUAUUUUACAGACACCCAAAAUAAUGAGAGAUCCUGAAACAGGAAACUCAAAAGGUUUUGCAUUUAUAAACUUUGCAAGUUUUGAGGCAUCAGAUGCGUCGAUUGAAGCUAUGAAUGGCCAAUAUUUAUGUAAUCGGCCAAUUUCUGUAUCAUAUGCUUUUAAAAAGGACGCAAAAGGAGAACGGCAUGGCUCAGCAGCUGAACGACUUUUAGCUGCUCAAAAUCCUUUAUCUCAAGCAGAUCGGCCCCAUCAACUUUUUGCGGAUGCUCCUCCUAUGGGAAUGAUGCCCCCUGGAAUGGCUAUGGCGCCUCCGCCACCACCUGUUAUGCUAGCUGGGAUGAUGCCGCCCCCUCCUCCAACUCCAGCAAAUAUGCAACCGCCACCACCACCUCCUGUUCCACCACCAACAGCUUUUCCAGCAGGAAUUCCCCCACCUCCUCUACCCCCAGUCCAACCUCCACUUCCUCCAGGUGCCCCUCCCGCGCCACCAACUUCCAAUACUCAACCCCCAUUACCCCCCAUGCCAUCUUCUGGACAACCUGGAAGUGGUGCUCCUCCUUUACCCCCAAAAAUGUUACCUCCAUGGCAAGCAGGUACUGGAUUAUCUUUAGCUCCAGGUCCCCCAACGGGUGUACCACCAUUUCAAGGGGGAUUACCACCACCACCACCUCCAGGGCGCCCACCACCACCUAAUUGGAGACCACCCCCACCAAAUUUUGCAGGGGCUAGACCUCCAUUUCCACCAAGAGGUCCACCUCCACCACCACCAAGUAAUAUGGAGGGCAUAACAAAUUUUACUGAGAAUAAUUGGUGAAUUAAAAUAAUUAAAUGUUGGAUUAAUUUUGAAUUGAUUUUGUAAUAAAAGUAACUAACUAU